AGAUAAGAUAAAGUGACGGAAUUAGACACACUGUUAUAUCAUAGGAGUGUUGAAUUAGCUCUGGAAAUUAUAGGACACGUGUCGCUGAGUAAGACUCAGCCGAAAUAUGAAAGGAUCGUUGUGUUUGUGUAUUAUUGCUGUGACACUGGUGCAGGCAGCGUCCGGCUUCAGCCUGUGGCCGACCCACAUACUACAAUCUUUGAGAGAACUGGGUCGACGGUAUCUUCUUGAUAGCUCGUCCGACAAUGGCCCCACUUCCCACGUCAGCAAGGAGUUCAACAUCACGGAGUGUCGGGACCAUAACGACACUGACUGCCACAAGUACGACUAUCAAGUGUGUUACGACUACCAACCCUGGGCUCUUCAACGCUGUGCCGCUUACUGCGAGUUUUGUACCAUUGACCCUAAAUUCACAACGCCGGCUCCACCUUGCAAUGACACCAUCCCCAACUGUCACGAGUUCAACAAGGACACCUGCACCAACCCCAACUUCAGUGACUGGGCUCACAACCACUGCAGGAGCUACUGCAACUUCUGCCACGAAACACACCACCCUAACUACAGAACGACAACUCCGAUGCCCACAACGACAGUGAAGACCACGACUGACGCCGCGUGCCACGACACCAUCGCCAACUGCGCCGACUACGGAAACGACGUGUGUACAGGGAGCUACAAGGACUGGGCCGGGGUCAGAUGCAGGGCUUACUGCAGUUUCUGUGGAACAAGCCCACCACCGACCACAGCCCCUCCAUGUGUGGAUCUCGUAAAGAACUGCAACCAGUUUCAAAAGGACACCUGUGUUAACUCCUUUUAUAAGUCGUGGGCGGAGAAAAACUGCAGAGCCUACUGCGAGUUCUGCAACGUGACCCAAACAACAACACCAGCGUCAACAACAACUCAAACCACCAUGCCAACCACAACUACUACACCGACCACGACUAAGCGGGUGACCUUGUCCCCUUAUGAAGGUCACGGGGCUACCGGCACGUUCGGGGAAUUCUUUUGCGUGUACCACGGCACCGAGUACAAGCAGGAUGAGACCUGGAAGGAUGGCUGCCAGCUGGAGUGUACCUGUGAGGAUGCGGAGUUCAAUGACGUCAGCUGUGCUGACAUAUGUCCUCAUUGGAAUCUGCCGAGCUCCUGUCAGCAAAUAACAGUUCCAGGCAAAUGUUGUCCAACUAUACACUGUAACAUGCAGUCCUAGGAUGGAUGUCAAGAUGAAUGGACACACAAAUACACAGUUGUUCCUUCUGUAUUCAUUUAUGAAUUAAAUACCCAUUUUGUGUGUU